GAACCGACAGAGAUUUCCUAUUCAGUGAUGGACAUAUGCGUGGCAAACAACCAAUUUGCUAUAGAUGUUUUAAGAGAAGUUAGCCAACAAUUUGUUGAACAAAAUGUGAUUUUCUCGCCACUGAGCAUUUUUUUGACCAUGCUAAUGGCAUAUGUUGGAGCUGGGGGAAAAACCGCUGCACAGAUGGAGGAGGUGCUUCAAAUUUCUGAUAUUAAAAAUGUUACUAUGAAGUGCCGAGAUCUUUUGGAUGAGCUUAAACAAAGCGAAAAUAAUUACAAUCUAACUAAUAUCAACAAAUUAUUUGGAGAACAGACAUACCAUUUUCUUCCAUCCUAUUUAGAGGCAGUUAACAGUUCGUUUGGAGCAGCACUAGAGAAAGUUGAUUUCUUGAAUAACUCGGAAGAAGCUCGGCAAUACAUCAAUGAAUGGAUUGGCAAACAGACAGAAGGAAAAAUCAAGGAAUUAUUGCCAGAAGGUUCUGUCUCACUAAAUACGGCCUUGGUAAUUGUCAAUUCUAUGUUCAUAUUUGCAAACUGGACAAAACAAUUUGAUGUUAGAAACACCAAUAAAAGACCCUUCAAGCUGAUAUCGAACACAGACAUCAAUGUAGAUACGAUGUUUAUGAUAAGCAAGUUCAAUAUUAACUAUAUAGAAAAUCCUGGAAUAUCAGUCCUUGAACUUCCUUAUGGGACAGACAAAUACCUUAGUAUGUUUAUACUGCUUCCUGAUAACAACACAGUGUUUCAUAUGCUUGAUAAGGAAAUAUCCUAUGAGAAAUUGACUGACUGGACUAGCAAUAACAAUAUGAAGUUUCUCAAUAUGGCGGUUCGUCUGCCAAAAUUCAGAAUAGAACAAGGCUUCUCCAUUCGAAAUGUCCUGUCAUCAUUGGGGUUGACUGAUCCAUUUAAUGAAAUUCGAGCAAAUUUCUCACAAAUGGCAGAUCGUGAUAAUUUACACAUGUCUGACGUACAUCACAAGACAUUUGUUGAGGUGAAUGAAAAAGGGACUGAAGCAGCCAGUGCUACAGCUGCUGUAAUAAAUUCGCGCAGUGGGCAUAGAGAUGAAUUUGAUGCAAAUCACCCCUUCCACCUAUUCAUACAAGAAAAGAAAACACAAUGCAUAUUAAUGUAUGGGAAGCUGUACAAACCUUAAAUAUGUGGCAUUUCAAAAGCCCACUCAUGAUAAAAUAGGCUGAAUUCUUCAUAAGUUGUAUAAUGCAUGAAUUUUAAUGGGUCCUCUUUUGCAUAUCUAUUGUUAGUCACAGAUUUAUGGCUGUGUAUGCACUUUUAAAACAUAUGCUGGCACAGUUGGCAUAAUUAAAGGGAAACUGUAACUUCUCAGGAUUUUUUUAAAUUAUCUUAACUUCCUUAUAAUUAAAAAAAAUACACAUUUUUUAAGUGUUAAAUUUAAAAUGAAAUGUAGAAACCCAGACCUCUUCAUUCUGUAACUGUGUGCCUCCAUCUUUCCUCCUUGCAAUCAUUGUUAUAUACCCUGUCCUUCGUAUCUGGUAAUCAGCUUGGAGAUAGCAUACAGUAAAGAGGAGAUAUAUAACAAUGUAUCUAUUUCUUCUCCUCAUUUGCAGUGUGUGCCAGGACUAUGUCUGGACUUGACUGGACUGUGGUGUAAUUUUUUUUUUUUAUAUAUAUAAAUUUAAGAGAAUAAACCUCAACAAAAGUUCUAGGUGAUUUCUGAAGUCAUUUCUA